AUGAGUGCACAGGAAGGGGGAGGAGAGGCGGGUGGGCCGGUUGUAAUAGGUGAAGCUGGCCUUGCGGUCGAGCCAGACGAGGCAAACACAUCAAUCAGUCCAGAUGAGGAACCCCCAAACGAGCAGCAAACGUACGAUGUAAUCAUCAUAGGCGGAGGACUCUUCAGCUGUUGCCUGCACUACUUUCUAAAGAAAAAAAAGCCAGACAUAACAAUACUUAUUCUGGAAAAGGAGCAAACGCUCGGGGGGUAUAUAAAAACAGAAUGGCUAGAACACCAAGGGAAGAAGUUCCUGUGCGAGUUGGGCCCAACCAUUUUAAAAAUAUCUGACGAGAGUUACCAGCUACUAAACGAAUUAAACCUGUUGUCACACGUAAGAGUCCUAAAUAAGAAUCUCCUAAGGUACGUAUACUCAGGUGGACAGCUACACCCACUCCGUCUGUCCAUUUGGGGUUACUUUGCUUUCCCCCUUAUAAGUGUCAUAAAUAAAGUGAAGCUAAUAUAUAAGCUCCUAUUCAGGAGGUACAAAAAGUUGACGGAGUACGAUGAGGACGUAAGUGUCGAAGGAUACAUGAGGGAAAACUUCGACAUGGAACACUUCAACUUUUUAUUCCUACCGUUGAUUUAUGGAUCCUGUGGGGGCAUGGGCAGCAUUUCGGCCAUCUCCUUUUUUUCGCGCAACCUCAAAAUGUUCGAUAAUAACCUGAACAAGUUACGCAUAUGGCAGGAUCGCCUAUCGCAGCAACGCAUGGGGGGUGGAGUGUGCAGAGUGGAUAGCCUAAGCGGAGGUGAAGUUGGCUGUGCCGCUCCUCCCCCCAACGAAGGGAAGCUACCAAACAUAGAGAAACACAUAUCCAUAAACCAACAACACUCCUACGCGCAAAGAAUGAAUCAGAAGUACGACCCGUCCUUCUUCAAUAACGUGUUGCACAGACUGGACACAUCCACCGGGGACACCAUCCCGGGGGACCUAAUUGGCGGGUCGAGCAGAAUCAGCGAAUCGACUGGUGACCACGAUAGUGACAGUCACCAGAAUAACAACCCAGCAAAUGAUAAAUGGACAACUAAGCACCACGCAGGGAUGGACACCAUGAAGGGGCAGCGUGCUUUCGUGCACACCUCCCUCGUGGAAGUGUUCCUCCACUUCGUAGAGUAUAUCUACGCGAAGUGCAAAGGCGCAGUCCUCCAGACCAUGCUGCUGCUCUAUCCCGAGCUAGCCAAAAAAGGCUCCAAGCAAUAUGAACAAAAUAAAAAAAAAAAAAUUUUAGGAAAAACAAUAUCCUUGAAAUAUGGAAUGUACGAAAUAAUUGACCAACUAAAAAAAAACAUAAAUAAAAAAUAUGUGUGGACAAAUGAAGAAGUAGAUUUUGUUGAAAAGCACGACGAAGACACUUGGGUGUGUACCAUCAGGAGAAAACAUUCGAGCAAAACCUCUUGUGUAUACGGGAGAAAUGUCAUCCUUACGGUGAACUCCAAAACAUGCGCCAAUAUCAUGCGCAAAAUCUUACCCCCCAAAAUGAAGACCAACCUCACAAAUGUGCAAUACUCCAACAUCAUCAGCGUUACAGUGUACUACCAUAAGAAGGACAUAACACUGCCGCGAAACUGCUUUGGAUUUUUAUCCGCGGACAAAACGAAUCACAUCCUCGGGUGCUUCUACACGAGCAACAUGUUCAAGGAAAGGUGCAAUGACGAUAGUGUUGUUGUAUUAACCCUAUACAUGGGGGGACAGAACAACCCUAAUGAUAUAUACAUGGAGGAGAAAGACAUAAUCCAAAUAGUGUCCAAAGAGAUGACAAAAAUAUUUCAUGUAGAGAAGAAUGCCCAACCUGUUAUCCUCAAGGUGAAGAAGUGGUUUGACUCUAUCCCCUUCUAUUCGCACAACUACGAAAGGAAUUUGAAAUGCUUCCUGAACGAGUUGGACAACCCGCAGUACCGGAACUUAUUUGUUGAUUCGGGUUGGAUUACCGGGACGUCCAUAUCGGACAGGAUUGCUUCGGCGAGGGACUUGUCGGAGUUUAUGGCGGCCAACGUCUUCCCUGUGAAGACGCAAUGCGGUAAUGCGGUGUUAGUAUGA